AUGUCCAUCAAGCCCUUGCCAGAGGACGUCAUCCGCCGCAUCAGGUCCUCAGCCACAGUCACGUCUCUCAACGGCGUCGUAUGCGCUCUCGUCAAGAACUCCCUCGAUGCCGGAGCCACAAGAGUCAACGUUACUAUCGACUACUCCCGUGGCAAUUGCACGGUCGAUGACGAUGGGUUAGGCAUUCUACCCCUGGAGUUUCGAGAGAAUGGUGGUCUGGUCAAGCACCAUCAUACAUCAAGACUCUCACCCGAGAUAGACUGCCACGGCAUCAACGGAAACUUUCUAGCCUCUGUUGCCGCUCUGUCUCUGCUCUCCAUCACCUCCCACCACCAUCUCCACAACUCGCAAAGCUCUGUUACCAUUCACAACUCAAAGGUCUUGGCACGCAAUAUCCCAGCCCUGCCGGAGCAACGCCUAGUGACCUUCAGCCAUGGAACCCGCGUCACCGUUAGAGACUUGUUCGGCUCCAUGGCCGUCAGAGUCAAGCAGAGAGCUGCAGCCUCAGAAAAAGUUGCAGUGGACAAGGAAUGGGGCCGAUUACUGCAUGACCUGACUGCUCUGUUGCUAGCCUGGCCUUCGAGCGUUGCUCUCUACGUCCGAGACAGUGUCAACAACAACGAGACACGCUUCAGGCCCAAUACAACACCCAAGUCGGACAUGGUAACUCGGUCAUCACGCACCCUGACACAAUCAGGUCUUGUGGACGGCUUGGACCAAAUAGUCUGGACUUCCAUCGGCGCAUCCGUUGGGAAGUUGACCAUUGCAGGAUGCAUAGCGCUGAAGCCCGUGGCCACACGUCGAGCUCAAUUCAUCAGCUUCGGUAUCCAUCCCGUGUCUAAUGAACACGGAACCAACGUCCUGUACAAUGAGAUCAAUCGUGUCUUUGUCAAUUCCGGUUUUGCUAUAGAGGAGGACGCGGACGCCUCAAGCGAUUCGCCCGACGUCCUUCUUCCAGGUUCAAGGGGACCUUCAGCAAAGAUUGCCAAGCCGAGACGAGGCUUGAAUCGGUGGCCAAUGUUCUACUUUCAAGUCAGCUCUUCUUCCCGUGCACGUCCUCUCGUAGCUUCAUCUUUCGAAGAGCUACUUGAGGAGCGGAACCACACCCUGGCGAACAUGAUUGACCUGCUCAAACUUGUCUGUUACGAGUUCUUAAAGAAGCAUCAUUUCCGACCCCACAAAGUCACUACUUCUCUUCAGGGCUCUUCUCGUAACAAGCAUCAUGGAGAUGAUUCUCGUAGUACAGAAGGGAGGCGCAAAGGUAGCCGGUCGCGGACAGUCUCGUCGACGACCAGUCGAUCGAAUUCAGCUACCCCGCUGUCGAGGCCAGAGUCCCCUUUUGAUCUCUGGCAACGAGUGAAGAUAGGACGGCCAUCUGGAGGCACCUCGAAAUCGGGAGCAUCAACUCCCCUGUCCUCAGAGGCCGCUCUAGGAGCCACCAUCAGACACACUGCGGAACAAGAGUUGGGUGAGGACAUUUCGAAAGCUCAGCCUAGCUUGCGGUACCUCGAUGAGUCCGGGAAUCUUCUGCGAAAGCCCUUUGAUGAUUUGACGCCGAAAUCUUCGUCAAAGCAAGACGCACCUGGCAAACAUCCCGGUGCUACAAAUGAGCCUGCUGGACAAUCUCAGCUUUGCACGCAGUCAUCGGUUGAGGUAGAGGAAAAUCAAUUCAAUCCAUCUUCGGCAAGGCCUGAUGACAAUGGGGAACCUCAACCGCCGAGCGACAGGCUCAGGGGGAUUCUUUCAAAAUGGGAGAACCCCGUCUUCCAGCCUGUCGACCCCCCAGUACCUAAAUUAAAUGGUACAUUGGCAGAAAAAAAGCAGAACCUGAUUCAUUCCCUCGAUCUUGACACCACUGGAUGUUCACACGGAGACCACACGUCGAAUAUCAAGCUGUCUGGUCGAGUCUCCAAAGCUGCAUUGAUGGAAGCAGAAAUCGUCUCCCAGGUUGACAGCAAAUUUAUUCUGGUAAAGCUGAGACGAGAUCUGAUCUCUGGCGGAAACCUGCCAGUUAUUCAAACGAAUUCCGUACUAGUCUUGAUCGAUCAACACGCUGCGGACGAGAGAUGUCGACUCGAGUCACUGAUGCGAGACUAUUUUUACACUGCUAAUCGCCAGAAAGAGGUACUUGCACAGACGGAGGCUCUUGAAAAGCCCUUGCAGUUCGAAUUCUCGUCCAAGGAGUGCAGACUGCUACGCAAAUACGUCCACCAUCUACGCCGAUGGGGUGUAUUCUACAACAUUGAUGAACCUGAGCCGACAGACUGGCGGCACAGAAGCAGGCAGCUCCCCAAGGUGGACGUGUUCAGCCUACCACCCAGCAUCCUCGAGCGAUGCAGAUCCGAGCCGAAAUUGCUCGCAGACCUUCUUCGGCACGAAAUAUGGAAAGCAGAGGAAGACGGCAGUCCAAGUUCCAGGCCAUUCAGUUUCGCUGCUGGGAGUAGCAGUCAAGAGGUCGACUGGGUAUCGAACUUUCACGGAUGUCCUCAAGGGAUCCUCGACUUGCUCAAUUCGAGAUCCUGCCGCAGUGCCAUCAUGUUUAAUGAUGUCUUGUCCAGGGACGAAUGCGAGGCUCUUGUUCGGAGGCUCAGUCGGUGCUCGUUCCCAUUUCAGUGCGCACAUGGAAGACCUUCCAUGGUGCCGUUGGUGGAUACGAGAAGUUUGGUGAUGAAAGAAGAGACGCCGCUGGGAAGCUUUGGGAGCUGCCUUAGAGACUCUGGCUUGUUGAAGUGA